AUGCUGUUGUCAUUUUUCGUGGGUCUAGCUUCAGUAGCUGCGGCAGUCGUCAUUCCCGGUCCUCCCGGACCACACCCAGUUGCCCUAAGGGUGCAAGCCUUUGAAGACGCCGCACGAUGGGAUCCCCACGCCCCCAAGAACCAACCCGAGAAGCGACGGUUGAUGGUAUCUGUCCAUGUCCCUCUCAAGAAGAAUACCAGCUGUUCAGUCGAGACAGUCCCCUAUAUGCCCCCCGAAACGGCGGCGUUCUAUGGCCAAUUGGCUACGGCGAUGUUUGGGCUACCCAGCACCCUGUUCUUGGGGACGGAGUUUGAGUUUUGUAGUGUCAGAACGGCAUGCGGUUACCGACUGGGACACGGUAUUCUGGCGCGGUCCCUUGCCAGUUAUGGCUACAUCGUCGUCACACUGGAUCACACAUAUGAUUCCGCCAUGGUCGAGUUCCCGGAUGGCAGCCUAUUAGAUGCGUCGGUAGCAGGGCCACUCCUGAAGGGGACGCAGGCCUCUGUCGACGCGGACCGAAUAUUUGUCGCCGGGCACUCUCUCGGAGGCGCCACAGCGGCCGCCUCACUCCGUGCUGACGACCGCGUUCUCGGCGGAUUGAACUUUGAUGGUUCCUUAUGGGGACCCGUUACGACGGAAGGUACUGACAGGCCCUUGGUGCUGGUAAGCACACCGACGACGUUUGAUUACAUUUCCGGUUGGAACGAAAUCUGGUCUCAUCUACGCGGCCCAUCUCUUAUAGUGGUCAUUGAAGGGACUACGCACAUGUCGUUCUUUGACGCUCCUCAGCUUCCAGCCGUGUUGGCGUUGCCGGCGGAGUACGACGAGCUGGUUAAAGAGGUUUUGGGGACCAUCGAUGGUGAAACGCUGGCAACAAUUGAGGUUGAGCUGUUGCGCAGGACCAUGGAUUUGGCAUUGGGUGGCAAGAAGGACGCAUUGUGUGAUGUCGAAGAUAUCAGUCCAGAGGUUGGGCAGCUGCAUGCUAAGAACUUGUCAUGCCCUUGA